AUGGAUGAAGAAGAGCUCAAGAAGGAGGUGAGUGAGGAGGUGCAGAUUGCUGGCGUUGAAAGCUCUCUGCAUUUUGCUGAAAUUUUAGAACAAAUGGAUAUAGCUUUCCACCUUCUGAUGAAGCCUUGGUAUGGAAGGUCUAAGAAUGGCCGCGAUUAUCUUCACGGUCUCAUGAUUUCGGACAAGGUUAGCACUACUAGAAUGUCGGUGGAAUCUAUCCAUAGCCUCUUGCUGGAGCUCAACGAGCUCUUGGAAACGAGGAUUGCUGAGUCUGAUGAAAUUCUUAGGAAUCAUGAGAUUGAGAUCAAUGGUAGAAAUGCCACUAUAUCUGAGGCUAGAAAGAAAAUGGAAGAGAGAAUUUUGGAAGUUGAAGAACUUGGAAAAAUGAAGACCAAAAGUGAGGAGAAUAGUGCAAAACUGAUGAGGGAAUUGGAACAGAAAAGAUCUGAGAUUGGUUAUAUGGAGGCUGAUCUUCUGUCAAAGGGAAAGGAGACCGGCAUUCUUUUACAGCAACGACAGGAAUUAGAAGCAGAAGUUUCCGAACUUCAACAGAAAACGAGCCGUUUGGAGCAUGAUUUAGAAGUGGCAUUGAGAGAGAGGAAGAUCUCCUCAGAAUGCAUGAAGAAUCUUCAAAGUGAUGUCACAGCUCUUAGAGAUGCUGUAAGUUCCCAUGUUUCUGCUAACACUGAUCUUGAAAGAAACAUAAAGCAGCUAAAAAUAAAAAGUCAUAAAUUAGAGAACAGUUUAUCGGGAUUGCAAGAAGAAAACACGCGGUUGCAGGAGUACAUUUCUGAUCAGGAAGCUCAACUGCAUCAACUUAGAGAUGAAAAGAGGGUGUGUUUGCAGGAAUUGGAGAAUUACAAAUCUAGUGUAACUAGUCUCCAAGAUGAGAUCCGCAAACUCAAAGAUGAAACGGACGUUCAAAUAUUGGAUCUCAAACGAAAAUCAGAAGAUUUAAGGAAACAGUGGUUAGGAGCUCAAGAAGAGUGUGUGUACCUUAGAGAAGAAAACAAGUCGUUGCAGGCGUCUGCCGCUAGUGCUGUACUUGAAACUAUGGAACAUCAGAAUUUGAACUCGGAAAUGAAGAGGGAAAACCAAGAACUGAAUGAAAAAUGUUUGGAACUGGUGGACCAACUGAGUGAAAUGGAGAAAUGCUUGUCUGAUUGCACUAAAAAGGUCGAGUCUCUGCAGGGCCAUCUCGCCUCAGUGCAAGAAGACUUCGUGCUGAGAGAGAGCCAUCUCAAAUCAGAAUUAGAUGUACUUGUCAAAGAAAACAGCUACCAGAAAGAGAAACUUGCUGAAGAGGAGAGUUUGCAGCAGUUACUCUUGGAGAAGACAAUGGAGUUUCUGAGCCUUCAGAAAGAGGUGGAAUGCCUCAGCAAGCAACUAUCCGAUGCUCAUGAAGAGAGGGAAAGAAUUUGCAUUAAGGUUUCCGGUGAAGUUUCUAGUUUGCUAGCAGAAAAGGCUGAGCUGCAAGCUUCCCUUCAAGAAGUUCAAUGGGAAGCUGAAUCUACCAAGGAAAAACUCAAUGCAGCCCUGCAAGAAUCUGAGUUGAAAUGUUCAAGAAUUGACAGAUCAACUAGCUGCUUCUAA